GUAAAUUUGUUUUUAUAUAUAUUUAAGAAUUAAUUAACUAUCACAUUGUGUUUUAGUUUAAAUUGUUUUCUUUCUUUACUUUUACCUACAUUGUCAUGUGUUGUUGAACCAAAUGACACAUUUAAGAUGUGCUCUCCCCUUUUAUUUUGUAAAUGUACAACAACCCAUAGUUUUCUUCAAGGAAUUAAUUGAAUUUGUUAAUGGAGGAAUUAAGAAGGUACAAAGGAGCAUUUGAACGUCAGUUCUACAAGUUAGUCUGCAGAGAUGUUUGGGAAGGUGGGAAUCUUCCAGUUGAAUCUCGACCCCUGAAAACUCCACUGAGAGGGUUAAUUCUUUCAUACACAGAACAGAAACGGUGUAAGACAAAGGAUGAAUGUAUUGAACGUGUUAGAGAGGUGCAACAACUGGCUAGGAAGGAGGGAAAGCCUGACACACAGUUAAAUUUUCUAGUUGGAGGGGACGGUUAUGUCUAUGAAUGCAUGGGUUGGCAUCAUUAUCUUCCUGAACAUGUAAAGAUGAUCAAAGGUGGUGAGAGACUUUAUGGACGGAGCAUUGAGGUUGCUUUCAUUGAUAAGAACUCGAACGCGCCUACGGAUGGGAUGCAAAGAGGUCUAUCCCGUGUUGUUACUAUGGGACUGACAGAAAAAUUUCUCGUCGAAAAUUUUACGUUUCACUGCCGAAACAAUAGCGAUGUCCAGUUUUUGUAUGGCAGAGAUGAAGCAAAGGAAAAAAGGAGAGUCAUGCAGGAAAAGAGGAGGCAACGAAGAGAUCCUAAUUACAAACAGGAAAAACCAGAGAGAAUGAAAAUUGAUAUGGAUCAAAUAAAAGAGGAUUUAAGAAAACAGGGUGUGAAAGUUCCUGAUAAAGUAUUUUGGUAAAGUUUUGCUUUGUGUCCCCUUUAUGUUUCUCAUUCUAUUUAUUUAGGAAACCGUUAUGAGUUUACAUUGUAAUUCUAUGGAAUAUAAGAGAUUUAUGUA